UCUCGGCGGAGACGGGGUCGGUGUGGCCCCGGCGGGGGAGGCUGGCGGCUCCGUUUGCAGAGACCAGUAAGGACUUGAUGACAUGAAUCCAGCUAUUUCCAGGAUGGCACACGCUCUGACGGAGUGGCUGUGGCAGCAUGAGUUCUGGCUGCCCCCAGGAGUCACCUGGGAGGACAUGCAAGAGUCUGAAGACGUCCGUUACCCUCAGCCUCGUGAUCUCCUGCUCAGUAUCCCUUUUGCUUUGAUCUUGGUUGUCAUUCGAUGUGCCUUUGAAAGAGGCAUAGCCCUGCCCCUCAGUAGCAAACUGGGUGUGAGAGACAAGCAGAGACCAAAAGCUCAGCCCAGCCCCAUGCUGGAAACAUUCUACAGUAUGCGCUGCAAGAACCCUGAAGAGGGUGAGCUGAUCAGUUUAGCCAAACAGUGCGACCUGCCAGUGAGGAAGGUGGAGAGGUGGUUCCGGCGCCGGAGGAACGCAGACCGACCCAGCCUGUCGAAGAAGUUUUGCGAGGCCUGCUGGAGGUUUACAUUUUACAUAAUUUCUUUCUUCACUGGACUUGCUGUCUUGUACGAUAAGCCUUGGCUUUGGGACCAUAGAGAGUGCUGGACAGGAUAUCCACAACAGCCUCUCCAACCCUCCCUGUUCUGGUACUACUUGCUGGAGCUCUCCUUCUACUGGUCACUGGUCUUCACCCUGCCCUUUGAUGUGAAGAGGAAGGACUUCAAGGAGCAGAUAGUCCAUCAUGCUGCAACCAUCUUCCUGAUCGGUUUCUCAUACUGUGCGAAUUACAUCCGCAUUGGGACACUGGUGAUGGUGAUUCAUGAUGCUUCUGAUUGCUUCCUAGAGCCAACUAAGAUAUUCAAUUACAUGAAGUGGAAAAAAACUUGUGACAGCCUUUUUAUGAUCUUCUCAGCUGUUUUCCUCAUCAGCCGCCUGGUCAUUUUCCCCUACACAGUGCUCUAUAACACCUACUAUUACUCCAUGGAGAUAUUCCAACCCUUCUUUGGAUACUACUUCGUGAAUGCUCUCCUGAUAAUUCUGCAGCUGCUCCAUGUCUUCUGGUCCUGCCUAAUUAUUCACAUGGUCUACAAGUUCAUCCUCCAGGGCACGAUGGAAAAGGACAUGAGAAGUGACACAGAAGAAAGUGACAAGGAUGAAGAAAGAGAAAAGAUUAGGGAAAAGGAGAAAAACGGGAUCACGUAUUUCAGCAACGUCACAAGCAACAAUUAUAUCCAGAGGAAUGGGUCUGAGCCACUGAACGACAGGACCCAUCUCACCAAUGGCCAUGUCAAGGAAAGAUAGCUACUGUUCACGUGCUUCUGAUCUGGUCUUUAAUGAAUCCAGUCCACCGUCUUUAGAAACAGUUUUGCUCAUUGUGUAGGUAUAAUGGAGUGCAAUUGCAGUAUCAUAGCUGAAUUCCUGCUUCCCGUAAACAGAAUUGUUUAUAGUCAGUGAUAUUUGAAGGAAAUUUUUGGUCUUUCUUCAAUAAAAGCUUACUAUAGGUUGUAGCCUUGAAGCAGAUAGAAAGGGAUCAAAGUGGUUUGACUUGUGGUAGACUGUGCCAUAGCUGUUGUUAAAUGAGUUAAUAUUGAAAAAUACUUUAAAAAAAAGUGGAUAAACUCUGGCAAUGUCAAGUCUUAACCACCUAAUGUGGUUUUGUAGGAAUCUGUUUAGCCUUGAUCAACCUCUGGAGGCCCUGGCCCAUUGCCACUAAUGAUUAUGGCUAACAAGGAAGUGUGAGACUCUAAAUCUUAAUACGGGGACACCUUUUUUGAGAAGACAGGUGCCCCCUACAUACUCAGAAAAUUAAAACUGAGCAUAGUGGAAUGAAAGCUUUGGAAAGACAUAGGAGAAAACAUUUUCUUCUCAAAGGAAAUGCUGCUGUGUGCCAUAUGACCAGGUUUGUAAUGGUAUGGAUCUCGGUCCCUUCUGUUGUCAACAUUAUUGCCACAAAGGUGGGAACUCCAAAGGGCGUAUUUGAGACAGUACCCACCCAAAUCAUGGUUGGAAGAGCUGGAAAAUCCAGGCAGCUGUGUCUCAACUGUCAGGUGAUUCUUUAAAACUGUCUUGGAAGGAAAUGCAGUCAGAAGAAGGGAGGUGACAAGAAACCAGAUAAUCCAGAAGACAACACUGAUUAAGAGCUCAUGUUUUCUCCUAGUGUGAUUGGCACAGUGGGAAAUGUUUACAGAGUCAGCUUGUGGCAAGAAGGGAAUACAUUUGCCCUAUCCUCAGAGGAAAAAGGAUCCAGAGAAGAUCUGCUGAACCUUAUGGAAUAAUGCUUUAGCAUGGCCUUCUAACUCUAGGGCCUUUGCCUAGAUGUAUCAAGAAUAGCAAGUUUAAAGCAGUAGUCCAUGAAGUCAUGAUGCAGUUCUGAUUCAGUUUGUUUAGAUGUCCUAUAUCUUAUAUCCUGUGUAGUCUUAGACUUUGGAUUCUGAAAUCCCUUAAAAGAGUUAAAUUAGUAUGACAUGAAUUUCUGUUUUAUAGAUCAAUUAAUCCAUGAAACCAAAGUAUUAACAGAUUCACUGUAAUGAGUGCAGGGACUUAGACUGCCAAGGCCAUGCAGACACUUCCCUAUAUGUGCCCAGUAAGGGCCAAUGCUAACUGGGGGGACAUGGACCAAGGAAAUGCCUGAUUUGAAGAGGUGGUGCACAUGUUUAAAAUUAAAAGGCAAGUGACAGCAUAGAAGGACAAGAGGGUUUUCAGCAAUCUACUCAGUUCACCUGAGAUGUGACUGAGAGAGCUUUGAUCUGAGCUUGUAUGUGCUCAUCUUAGGUUUCAGUCAAAAUACACUGGAUAAUUUCAGAGGGGAAGAAGUGGUUCCAGUGCGGGUGAUUCCAGGGCAGUGACAUGCUCUGGAAGGAGAACAUCUGUUCCUGCAUCGUCAUUUAAAUUCAUAUUAGCUGAAGAUAGUUUGUCUCUGAAACCUUGAGCUAAUUUGAAGUUCCAAGUAUGUUCUGCAUACUGUCAUGUGUCUUUAAUCUGAGUCUACAAUCUUGCCACUCCUCUUCAGGUGAUGUGUUCAGGAGUAUGGUUAUAUAUCAUUUUGUACUACUGAAUGUAAACGUUCUUUAUAAAUUACUUUUAAAAGGUU